UAACUUUUGAUGAUGUCAUUUUACUAUAAUUAACAAGAGUGGUGCGCGAUCUCCCAUUUUCCAUUAAAACAUAGCACUGUGAGGAUCGUUAAUACAAUAUUUCUUAUAACUAGGCAAAUCAGUUUUGUUAUGAAUAGCCAUAAGAUGAACAGUCAAUAUUAUGUCCAUAUUCACCCUGGAAUGGCACGCAACAUUCAAAUUGGUAAUAAUAAGACCAUGUAUAUAAACUCUAGCGGAGAAUGCAGUACCAGUCCACCAACACCACCACCACCUUCAGCGCCUAGGGAGACAUACGAAGAACGCAUGCAAAGAUUGGAAGAAAACUCGCGGAAGAGAAAAGAAGAAGCGGCGGCGAAGAAACGCCUUGAAGAAAAACAGAAAAGACGAGAAGAGCUUAUGAGGGAAGAUCACCGGUUUAAAGAUUUCGGUAUGUCAAGAAUUCAUUGGAUGCAUAUGAUGAUGAAUGGACGCAGAGGAACUGAAAAUGUGGACACCGUUGGGGACCCUGUGGAUGCAGACCAGGAGACUAUUGAGGAUACAGACGCGAAGAAACGUAGGGAAGACAGACAGAAAAUACGAGGCGAGGUUGAGCGAGAAAGUCACUCGUUGAGAGAUUUGGAUAUGUCAAGAAUUGAUUGGCUGCGUAUGAUGGAAGAACGUAGAGGAAUGAAAAAUGUAGACACCGAUCGGGACCCUGUGCAUAACGAUGGAGGACCCGUGGAAAAGGACCGGGCCACAGACGCGAAGAAACGAAUAGAAAAAAGACGGCGAGAAGAGGUUAUGCGAGGAAGUCACCCGUUGAGAGAUGUGGAUAUGUCAAGAUUUGAUUAUCUUCGUAUGAUGGAUGAACGCAGAGGAAUGAAAAAUGUGGACACCUAUCUGGGCCCUGGGAAUGACGAUGGAAGACCUGUGGAAACAGACCGGGACACUGUGGACACAGACUCGAAGAAACGAAUGGAAGACAGACAGAAAAUACGAGGCGAGGUUGAGCGAGAAAAUCACCCGUUGAGAGAUUUGGAUAUGUCAAGAAUUGAUUGGCUGCGUAUGAUGGAAGAACGUAGAGGAAUGAAAAAUGUAGACACCGAUCGGGACCCUGUGCAUAACGAUGGAGGACCCGUGGAAAAGGACCGGGCCACAGACGCGAAGAAACGAAUAGAAAAAAGACGGCGAGAAGAGGUUAUGCGAGGAAGUCACCCGUUGAGAGAUGUGGAUAUGUCAAGAUUUGAUUAUCUUCGUAUGAUGGAUGAACGCAGAGGAAUGAAAAAUGUGGACACCUAUCUGGGCCCUGGGAAUGACGAUGGAAGACCUGUGGAAACAGACCGGGACACUGUGGACACAGACUCGAAGAAACGAAUGGAAGACAGACAGAAAAGACGAGAUUUCGAGUAUAUGAUGAUGAUGAUGAUGAUGAAUAGACACCGAGGAAAGGAAACGUACACUGAUAGUCACGGGGAAGACAUGCGCGAUAAGAACAAGGAAGACGAUAGCGCCACGAAUAUAAAUCGGGAUAUCCGGAAUACUGACGAGAAAGGUAUGAAUGAGGAUGGCGAGAACAUGAAUACCGAAAUGGAAAAUGUGGACCGGGAAGAAGUGGACAUAGACCGGGACAGUGUGGACACGGGUCGAGACACAGACCGGGAUAGUAUGGACACAGGUCGAGACACCGUGGACACAGACCGGGGUAGUCUGGAUACAGACCAGGACACUGUGGAUACAGACCGGGACAGUGUGGACACAGAUCAGGACAAUGUGGGUGCGAUUAAAGAGAACCAGGAGGACAAACAAAGCGCAUUGGGAUCUGUGGUAUCAGAUGUAGCAAACGACGAUGAGAGGAACAGAGAAGGUGAGAAGAAGAACAUAAAUCUGGAGGGAAAAUACAGCGUGGUAAACGAAGAUGAUUAUAGGCACGACCGGGCAAACGAAGAUGACUGCAAAUACGACCAGGGAAACAAAGAUGUUAACACAUUCACGAUGACUAAUAAUAGUUUCGAUGAUAAUGAUUUUAUGCAUACCUAUUUCACCAGCAUCAACAAUUUUGGCAGGUGCUCUAAUAUACAAAUUGGAAAUCAAAACACGAUGAUAUUGUCGUCUACAAGUAACACACCAGCUUCUGGUUUCAGCCAGAAAAAUAGAAACGCAUGGAAGGGGACAGAUGAAUUUACGAAAGCAAGACAAGAUAUGGCUGAGCUAAAACGAGAAGAAUCCAUGAAGAAGAGGCAGGGAUGCGACAAGAUUAAGCUUCAUAUAUUUGGAGAUGCUUUCACAAAUAGUGACCGGAAAGGAGUAUACAAUAAUCGCUGGGGUGCGGGCACGUAUAGGAAGGAACAGAAUCAAGACAUGGAAUGUGAUGAUGAUGAUGAUGACGUGGAUUAUGAAAAGAAUGACACAGAUCAUGAAAUGGCGUAUGGGGCGAAAUAUGAUGAGCGUGAUAGACAUUUCAUGAAACAAGGGGACAGUGAUAAACUUGAUUUAAUUCUUCUGUCGAAUAAAAUAUGGCCUGGGCCUGGUGGAGAAGGUUGCCAUGUGAACGUGAAGAGAACAAUAUCAAUACAAGAACUUGAAGAUGUUCUAAAAUUGAAGUCAUUUGGUGUUGAAGUUGACCACAUCUAUAGGGAAAGAUUGGGUCCUAUUUUCCGAUUUGCCAUGGAUUCAAAUAAGCCCAUCAGUGACUAUUUCAUACAAGAUGGCGACCAGGUCAUAUUAUUAGAAACGGGGGCGUGUCCGUUGUGAUUUAGUGAGCCAAUGAGCGUUCUCGCUACUGAUCAAGGGGGGUAACCAGCCCAGGUGGCGCCGCGCUUCACGGUUUCACGAGACGCUAUUAUUUUGUUUUAUAUCCUAUAAGUAUAAAAUAUAUUUUAUAAUAUAUUCGGGACAUAAACUGUUUAAAUAAAUUAUUUAGAUUUUAUUCUAACACUGUAUGUUUGUCAACCUGUUUCGAUUUUCGAUAACUCAAACAAACUAAAACUUUAUCAUUACCGAUUAGAAGCCUAUCAAAUGUCAUUUAUUUCUGAUAACUACUUCACCGGUUGUUUUGGUGUCUUGUAAAUAAGCUCAUGAACUAGAAAAGAAUAAAAAUGGGACAACCCAGAUAGCAUAGCUGUAUCAGCGUUAAUUGCUUUGCCUGGCAAACCACCUUUUAUGCGCUUUAGAUAUAAUACAUGACUUUAAUAUAAAGCGGUAAAAAUAUAAUGUAUUUGUUAAACACAAAAGAUUUAUAUCUGCUAUUUGUAAUAGUAAUAAUAUUUAUUGUAUUAAUGCAGGAUACAAUUAAAGCUUUUUAAAGCCAACAUUUAAAA